AUAUCAUGACACGGUUAAACACUUUAAUGUAAUUUAGCUGUUUGAUAUAAUCAAAAUCCUGAUUUCAACAUUUGACAUUCUGUGUGUCUUGCCGUGUUAUCCCCUAACAAUGUUGGAGUAGGGGCAUAUACAGCCACAAAGUGGAACGCGUUCUGACCUGUCCAGUGUUCUAGUUUCUCAUACGAAUUAAUUUAUUUGAAUCACGAGUCUGCUUUACAUUUAUCUAGAUUGUAUACCAAAUUACGAUUCACGGAUGAUGUUCAAUAUAGUACAUCAACGUUUUUAAUGUUUGAAUAUAUUUUUACGAACAGUUUUUCAGGUAAAAUAUUAAGAAGGCACUGGUGUCCAUAAUGGAUGUUAUCGAAUGUCGAAAAGUUGGCAUAGAGGACUAUGACGAUGUUAUGAGUAUCCGAGACGUUUACAAUGGACUGGACUACCUGCCCGCCCUCUAUCGGACAUUUAUGGCCGAUCACACUGGGUACGCUGUUAUUGUAAAUAAAACAAUGGUAGCGUUCCAAUGUGUUACUUUCAUUGAUGAUGGAGAAACUAUUAUAACGAGAGCACUACGCAUGCGCAAAGGAUAUGAAGGCAGAGGACUGGUCUAUCGUCUGAGAGCCUUCGUCCUGCAGGACAUCGCAGGAAAACCGAGACUCAAGCGUUAUGCGUUCAUGACCGGAAAUGAGGCAAUCCUACAGAAGGUGCUAAAAGAGAGGAGAGGUGAACUCAUAGUUCAGAGGGAUAUCUUGUUCUACCAAGGAGGGGUUUCAAAGGUAAUCCCCUUUCUGCCUACGGUUGACAACAUAUCAAUGAGGAUCUUGAACAAGGAUGACUUACAGAAACUACUGUCAUCAAAAGCAGACACAGACAGGUUGUUUCCACAAGGGAGAAUCAUUGUCGACUGCGUGCCUUAUCGGCUGCUGGCUUCAAAUGUGGAUCAUUUCUUCAACGAAUUUUGUCACAUAUUAGGCAGCGAAUGUAAAGAUGGAAACUCUGGCAGCUUCGAAUGCAUUACACUGGCUGUUGGCUACAUUGUGCCUUUCGGAAUUCGGUACAAUGUAGAAAUAUAUGGUAACUUCACAGAGGAGACUUUCUCACUUCAUAUGGCAGAGCAUCUCAGAAAUUGAUCAACGUUAGAACACGAGAACAUUAAUUUUUUGGUACAUUCUGAGCCAGGGUCACACGAUGCAAGUAUGAUCACAAAAACUAUGCAACAGUUUGGAAUGAGUAAGUCUAAUACAUUCAAUACAAGCACGAUUUAUGGAAUUGAAGAACCAACGGUUCCGUUAUCGAAGUAUUGAUCCACCAAUACUUAUCACACCUAUGCAUGAUAAUGGAACUUUACUUUUAACUAAGUUCCCUGGAGCCCGGAGGUCACAUGGAGUUUUUUUUCUUUCAGAAUAAGAAGAAACGAAAUGCAUUCUGGGAAAUAUUGAAACGAUUAGCUUCAUAUGUCUUCUGUACUUUGUAUUAAUGAAAAUGACUUACACUGGCUUCUCACGAAGUUUCCCCUGUCAGAAUUACGAUUUUUUUUGGUGUUUUUGUACUUUGUAUUAUUGAAGUUGACUUGUACAGGGCUCUGACGAAGUUUUCUCUGUCAGAUACAAGUGACUCGAGUGACUUUGUGGGUUUUUUUGUACUAUCUUUAGACGCCUUUCAUUUCAUGUUUUAUUGGCAUAUUCAUACGGACGUGAUCUAUUUGUGAUUCUCCGACACUUAGAUAGUAAGUUACAGGUAUGUUAAUUCUGUUAAUUCAAAUGAUUUGCUUUGGUUAUUUGAGUGAAUAGUAAAUAAAUAUUUGUAAACGAUGUAAACUGCUAUAAUUUUAAUACCAGUUAUUGAGAGCAGAUAACGGAUAUUUAGGGGACAAAUGGGACAAAAUCUUUUUAAUUUAGAUAAACACCAUGUAUACCACAACUCUUUUGUACAGGAUAUUAUACUAUUUUUAUGUCUUUUUCAAGGCUGUA